AUGGAGUCAAGAAAUCAUGGCCAGGGUUUUAAGAGGCAAAACCUCAUUUCUGAGCGUCUCCCCGUCAGCAGCAGCGAAUUUGCCCCAGGUUCCAGUACCGUGACGUCUCGGUUUGUGCUGAAGGGAGAAGAUGUCACUCUGGAUGUUCAGAAACCUGACAUUCAAGAAGGAACCAUAUUUACAUGGAGGUUCAAGAGAGAAGACAAUGUAGUGAGAUUAUUUAAUGAAAAACCAUUUAUCUCUCCAAACUACACAGGAAGGGUUGAGUUUUCAUUAGAAGAUUACUCUUUGCUGUUGAAGAGUCUAACAGAAGCUGACAGUGGAGUUUAUUCUGCAGUGCUGUCUGGGUACAAAGAAAAGAAGUUGACUGAAUAUGAAGUCACAGUUCAAGAGCGAGUGUCUCCAGUUCACCUGACAGUGAACUCCUCCAGCUCAGACUCCUGUAACUUCACUGUGACCUGCAGCAGUCAGAACUCUUCCAUCAGCAGCACUUUGACAUGUGACGGAGGAAACUGCUCUCUGGAGGGAGGAGAGAGGUCAGAGGUCACAGCCUCUGCUGCCUCCCUCAGAGUCUACCUGUUGAAUGGGUCAGUCAUCUGUAACCAUAGCAACCAGGUCAGCUCGAGUGAGGACAGGAAGAAGAUUGAUGGUCACUGCUGGCUAUUUGCUGUCGACAACGGAACGGAACUGCCCAAAUACGUAAUCAUUGUGAUUGCAGUGGUCUGCGUCGUCUGCCCCUGUCUCGUAGGAUUAGCUGCCUGUCACAUUUACCAAAACGGUAUAACAGUUACAGAACAGAAGACAAAGGCUGAUGUACAUCAAACAGCAGGGAACAUUUAA